GGCGGCCGAAGGGGCUGGAGGGGAGCGGGAUACUGGUGUUUACUGGGAUUUACUGGUGUUUACUGGUGUUUACUGGGGUUACUGGUGCGGCUGGAGUGGUUUCAGGUCCCUCCAGACGAUGCCCCCCGUGCUGCCGCUGCUGCUGGUGGCACUGGCACUGGGGGGGGACACAGGGAACUCACUGGUGUCCCCUCCCGUGUCCCCUCCCGUGUCCCAGCGCUGCGGGGCGGCAGCUCUGGUGGCCGUGCUGGCGCGGCUUCGGGAGCUGGAGGAGCAGGUGAAGGCACUGCAGGGACGUUGUGGGGACAUGGAGGGACCCCAGGCUGGCACCGGCCAGACACUGUCGCAGGAGCUCUGUGUGUCCCCCGCUGUCCCCGACGAUGUCCCCAAGUGUCCCCAAGGCUGCAAUGACCAAGGGCGCUGCCUCGGUGGCCGCUGCCGCUGCUUCCCAGGUUUCACCGGCCCUGCCUGCGCCACUCCCGCCUGCGCCCCCGGGCGAGGGGGACCCCGCUGUCACCUUGAGAUCCCCUCAGUGAAGCCGCGCUUGGCUGCUCGCAACCAGACAUCCUUCCGUGUCACCUGGCCGCAGCCACCAACACCUGUAGAUGGCUACCAGGUGGCCCUCAUCCCCCUGGAUGAGCCAGCGGCGAUGACCACCCAUGAGCUGCCCGGCUCUGCUGUCACAUUUGAGGUGACAGGACUGUCACCUGGCCACACCUUCGAGGUCUUCAUCCAACCCCAGAGGGAGAAGCACCUUGGGGCGCCCGGCACCCUACGCGUCCGCACCCCGCUUGCCCAGAUCCUGCCCACCCACGCGGGGUCCCCAGGGUCUUCUCAAGGUCCCCUGGGGUCCCCGGCAUCACCAGUGGCCCCGGCGUCACCAUCAGCCCGAGGCUCUCCGGCAUCCCCAAGGUCCCCACUGUCACCGGAUGCAUCUUUGGGGUCAUCAGGGUCUUUGGGGUCACCAGCAUCCCCAGCAUCUCCAAGGUUUCCAGCAUCCCCAGGAUCUCGAGGGUCUCCGGGGUCACCAGCAUCCCCGAGGUCUCCAGUGUCACCUGCAUCACCAAUGUCCCCAGAGGCACCAGGAUCCCCAAUAUCUCCAAGGUCCCCAGAGGCGCAAACAUCCCCAGUGCCCCCAAAGCCACCUACAUCUCCACGGUCCUCAGCGUCACCACGGUCUCCAGCAUUGCCACAGUCCCCUGUGUCACCUCCACCUCCAUGGUCCCCAGUAGCCCCAGCAUCCCCGCUGUCCCCAGCACUCCCAAGCAUCCCAUCCCUGCAGGAAUUUGGAGCCAAGCUCUCCUCCUACAAUGGCUCCUUGCUGCAGCGUCUGGAAAGCCACCUCCGGGCUACCAACUUCCCCCUCCGGGGCAACCAAACAGUGCCAGCUGUAGCCCGUGCCAUCCUCUCUUACCUUCUCCGCCGUAGCCCAGCCCUGUUGCGUCACCAGCUUCUCCUCCAGGUCCCCCAUCCCAAGCCCCAGCUGAUGCCAGGAGCUGCUGGUGAGGCUCUGGUGGACCUGGAUGGUCUUCGGGGCCACGCGGAGACUGUGGUGAUCCGUUACCGGCUCCUGGAAGAGCUGGAUGGGGACGAGGGGGAGCUUCAGGUGCCGGGGGACACAGCGGUGGCCCGGGUGACAGGGCUGGUGCCAGGGGCCACGUACCGGGUGGAGGUGCACGGCGUGGUGAGGGGACAAGUCUCCAAGUCCUACACAUUCCUGGUGAAGGCAGGAGUCGGUGGCAUAGAGGAGCCCCCGCUGGACUGGGAGAGUCUGUAUGAGGUGGAGCUGAUGGAGCCCCAAGGUGUCAUAGCCAAAGCAGAACCAGCCCCAUCAUUGGAGGAGCCACCAGCCCGGCCUCGCCUGGGAGAGCUCACAGUCUCCAAGGUCACCUCUGACUCCAUUCAGCUGGAGUGGAAUGUCCUCGAGGGCACCUUUGACUCCUUCACCGUGCAGUACAGGGAUGCCCAAGGCCAACCUCAAGCACUUGCGGUCGAUGGCAGCUCCCGUGGGGUGACCGUGCCUGGGCUCUCCCCAUCACGCCGCUACAAGUUCAACCUCUAUGGGGUGUGGGGUCGAAAGCGAAUUGGUCUGAUCUCCACCGACGCCGUCACAGCUCCAGCACCACCAAAGGAGAAGGAACCCCCAUCGCAGCCCAUCCUGGGGGAGCUGACGGCCUCCCAGGUCACCCCCGACUCCGUCCAGCUGGAGUGGAGCGUCCCCGAGGGCACCUUUGACUCCUUCACGCUACAGUACAGGGAUGCCCAAGGGCAGCCCCAGGUGGUGCCCGUGGACGGUGGUGCCCGCACGCUGACCGUGCCUGGGCUGUCCCCGUCACGCCGCUACAAGUUCAACCUCUACGGAGUGUGGGGUCGGAAGCGCCUGGGACCCAUCUCCACCGACGUCGUCACAGCCCCACUCAAGGAGGAGGAACCCCCAUCUCAGCCCAUCCUGGGGGAACUGACGGCCUCCCAGGUCACCCCCGACUCCAUCCACCUGGAGUGGAGCGUCCCCGAGGGCACCUUUGACUCCUUCACGCUGCAGUACAGGGAUGCCCAAGGGCAGCCCCAGGUGGUGCCCGUGGACGGUGGUGCCCGCACGCUGACCGUGCCUGGGCUGUCCCCGUCACGCCGCUACAAGUUCAACCUCUACGGAGUGUGGGGUCGGAAGCGCCUGGGACCCAUCUCCACCGACAUCGUCACAGCUCCAGCCCCACCAAAGGAAGAGGAACCCCCAUCUGAGCCCAUCCUGGGGGAGCUGACGGCCUCCCAGGUCACCCCGGACUCCGUCCACCUGGAGUGGAGCGUCCCCGAGGGCACCUUUGACUCCUUCACGCUGCAGUACAGGGAUGCCCAAGGGCAGCCCCAGGUGGUGCCCGUGGACGGUGGUGCCCGCACGCUGACCGUGCCUGGGCUGUCCCCGUCACGCCGCUACAAGUUCAACCUCUACGGAGUGUGGGGUCGGAAGCGCCUGGGACCCAUCUCCACCGACAUCGUCACAGAUUCAGCCCCACCAAAGGAGGAACCCCCAUCUGAGCCCAUCCUGGGGGAGCUGACGGCCUCCCAGGUCACCCCCGACUCCGUCCACCUGGAGUGGAGUGUCCCCGAGGGCACCUUUGACUCCUUCACGCUGCAGUACAGGGAUGCCCAAGGGCAGCCCCAGGUGGUGCCCGUGGACGGUGGUGCCCGCACGCUGACCGUGCCUGGGCUGUCCCCGUCACGCCGCUACAAGUUCAACCUCUACGGAGUGUGGGGUCGGAAGCGCCUGGGACCCAUCUCCACCGACAUCAUUACAGGUGAGCCAGAGGAAGAACCCCCAUCGCAGCCCAUCCUGGGGGAGCUGACGGCCUCCCAGGUCACCCCCGACUCCGUCCAGCUGGAGUGGAGCGUCCCCGAGGGCACCUUUGACUCCUUCACGCUGCAGUACAGGGAUGCCCAAGGGCAGCCCCAGGUGGUGCCCGUGGACGGUGGUGCCCGCACGCUGACCGUGCCUGGGCUGUCCCCGUCACGCCGCUACAAGUUCAACCUCUACGGAGUGUGGGGUCGGAAGCGCCUGGGACCCAUCUCCACCGAUGUCAUCACAGCUGUAUCAGAGCCAGAGGAAGAACCCCCAUCACAGCCCAUCCUGGGGGAGCUGACGGCCUCCCAGGUCACCCCCGACUCCGUCCACCUGCAGUGGAGCGUCCCCGAGGGCACCUUUGACUCCUUCACGUUGCAGUACAGGGAUGCCCAAGGGCAGCCCCAGGUGGUGCCCGUGGACGGUGGUGCCCGCACGCUGACCGUGCCUGGGCUGUCCCCGUCACGCCGCUACAAGUUCAACCUCUACGGAGUGUGGGGUCGGAAGCGCCUGGGACCCAUCUCCACCGACAUUGUCACAGCCCCACCAGAGGAGGAGGAACCCCCAUCUGAGCCCAUCCUGGGGGAGCUGACGGCCUCCCAGGUCACCCCCGACUCCGUCCACCUGGACUGGAGCGUCCCCGAGGGCACCUUUGACUCCUUCACGCUGCAGUACAGGGAUGCCCAAGGGCAGCCCCAGGUGGUGCCCGUGGACGGUGGUGCCCGCACGCUGACCGUGCCUGGGCUGUCCCCGUCACGCCGCUACAAGUUCAACCUCUACGGAGUGUGGGGUCGGAAGCGCCUGGGACCCAUCUCCACAGACGUCGUCACAGCUCCAGCCCCACCAGAGGAGGAGGAACCCCCAUCUGAGCCCAUCCUGGGGGAGCUGACGGCCUCCCAGGUCACCCCGGACUCCGUCCACCUGGAGUGGAGCGUCCCCGAGGGCACCUUUGACUCCUUCACGCUGCAGUACAGGGAUGCCCAAGGGCAGCCCCAGGUGGUGCCCGUGGACGGUGGUGCCCGCACGCUGACCGUGCCUGGGCUGUCCCCGUCACGCCGCUACAAGUUCAACCUCUACGGAGUGUGGGGUCGGAAGCGCCUGGGACCCAUCUCCACCGACGUUGUUACAGCCCCACCAAGGGAGGAGGAACACCCAUCGCAGCCCAUCCUGGGGGAGCUGACGGCCUCCCAGGUCACCCCCGACUCCAUCCACCUGGAGUGGAGCGUCCCCGAGGGCACCUUUGACUCCUUCACGCUGCAGUACAGGGAUGCCCAAGGGCAGCCCCAGGUGGUGCCCGUGGACGGUGGUGCCCGCACGCUGACCGUGCCUGGGCUGUCCCCGUCACGCCGCUACAAGUUCAACCUCUACGGAGUGUGGGGUCGGAAGCGCCUGGGACCCAUCUCCACCGACAUCGUCACAGCUCCAGCCCCACCAGAGGAGGAGGAACUCCCAUCGCAGCCCAUCCUGGGGGAGCUGACGGCCUCCCAGGUCACCCCGGACUCCGUCCACCUGGAGUGGAGCGUCCCCGAGGGCACCUUUGACUCCUUCACGCUGCAGUACAGGGAUGCCCAAGGGCAGCCCCAGGUGGUGCCCGUGGACGGUGGUGCCCGCACGCUGACCGUGCCUGGGCUGUCCCCGUCACGCCGCUACAAGUUCAACCUCUACGGAGUGUGGGGUCGGAAGCGCCUGGGACCCAUCUCCACCGACAUCGUCACAGCCCCACUCAAGGAGGAGGAACCCCCAUCUGAGCCCAUCCUGGGGGAACUGACGGCCUCCCAGGUCACCCCCGACUCCGUCCACCUGGAGUGGAGCGUCCCCGAGGGCACCUUUGACUCCUUCACGCUGCAGUACAGGGAUGCCCAAGGGCAGCCCCAGGUGGUGCCCGUGGACGGUGGUGCCCGCACGCUGACCGUGCCUGGGCUGUCCCCGUCACGCCGCUACAAGUUCAACCUCUACGGAGUGUGGGGUCGGAAGCGCCUGGGACCCAUCUCCACCGACAUCGUCACAGCUCCAGCCCCACCAAAGGAGGAGGAACCCCCAUCGCAGCCCACCCUGGGGGAGCUGACGGCCUCCCAGGUCACCCCCGACUCCGUCCAGCUGGAGUGGAGCGUCCCCGAGGGCACCUUUGACUCCUUCACGCUGCAGUACAGGGAUGCCCAAGGGCAGCCCCAGGUGGUGCCCGUGGACGGUGGUGCCCGCACGCUGACCGUGCCUGGGCUGUCCCCGUCACGCCGCUACAAGUUCAACCUCUACGGAGUGUGGGGUCGGAAGCGCCUGGGACCCAUCUCCACCGACGUCGUCACAGGUCCAGCUACAGAUGAGGAGGAACUUCCAUCUCAGCCUGUCUUGGGCGAGCUGACAGCCUCCAAUAUCACCCCGGACUCCGUCCAGCUGGAGUGGAGCGUCCCCGAGGGCACCUUUGACUCCUUCACGCUGCAGUACAGGGAUGCCCAAGGACAGCUGGAGUCGCUGCUCGUGGACGGUGGUGCCCGCACGCUGACCGUGCCUGGGCUGUCCCCAUCACGCCGCUACAAUUUUUACCUCUAUGGGACAUCGAGGCACAAACGUCUGGGUCCCAUCUUCCUUGACACCAUGACAGCUCCAGCUCCACUAAAGGAGGAACCCCCAUCUGAACCCCGUCUGGGAGACCUCACAGCCCCUCACAUCACCCCGGACUCCGUCCAGCUGGAGUGGAACAUCCUCGAGGGCACCUUUGACUCCUUCAUAGUGGAGUACAGGGACGCCCAAGGGCAGCCCAAGUCACUGCUCGUGGACGGUGGUACCCACACGCUGACCGUGCCCGGGUUGUCCCCAUCCCAUCACUACAAGUUCAACCUGUACGGGGUGUCGGGUGAGAAGCGCCUGGGCCCCAUCUCCACUGAGGCCAUCACAGGCGCCCCGGGGACCCUCUGGGUAGGGACCCUGUGGCCCCGCAGCGCUUGGCUCCAUUGGGCGUCCCCGGAUGUCCCCUCCGAUGGCUACGACCUCGUCUACGGCCCCGACGGGGGACCCCAAACGACGGUGCGGCUGCCCCCCGACGUGAGGAGCCACGAGCUGUGGGGCCUGGAGCCGGCGCAGCGUUAUGGGGUGCAGCUGUGGGGCAGGGGGGGACGCAGGCCCCCCGCCCCCCUGGAAGCCACGUUUGAGACCCCGCCCCCGCGGGUGCCGCUGCCCCGGGACUGUCAGCAGGAGCGCCUCAACGCCCCCCGCCCGUCGCGCCCCGUCCGUAUCUUCCCCGGAGGGCACCGCGAGGGGGCGCUGCGCGUCUUCUGCGACAUGGACAGCGAUGGGGGCGGCUGGACGGUUUUCCAGCGCCGCCGCGACGGCAGCACCGAGUUCUGGCGCGGGUGGGACGAGUACGAGCGCGGCUUCGGGAACGUCACCGGCGAGUUCUGGCUCGGGAACGCCGCUCUACACGCUCUGACGGCUUCGGCGCCCCACGAGCUCCGCGUCGACCUUCGCACCCCGAACGCCUCGGCCUUCGCCCACUAUCGCGACUUCGCCGUCCUCGGCCCCCAACACCAGUAUAGCCUCCAACUGGGAGCCUACAGCGGCACCGCCGGGGACGCUCUCUCGUACCACGCUGGGAGCCCCUUCUCCACGCGGGACCGCGACCCACGGCGCCGCCCCCGCCCCUGCGCCGUCGCCUACACCGGCGCUUGGUGGUACCGCAACUGCCACUACGCCAACCUCAACGGCCGCUACGGCGUCACCACUGGCCACCAGGGAGUGCAUUGGUUCCCCUGGAAGGGCUUCGAGUUCUCCAUCCCCUUCACUGAGAUGAAACUACGGCCCCAACACCACUGAGGGAGACGGAACGGGAUCCGGAUCCGGAAAGGGAUCCAGCAUCCGGAAUGGGAUCCAGAUCCAGAAUGGGAUCCAGGAUCCGGAAUGGGAGCCAGCACCCAGAUGGUAUCCAGCAUCCGGACUAG